AUGAUGUCCAUGAACAGCAAGCAGCCCCACUUCGCCAUGCACCCCACCCUCCCCGAGCACAAGUACCCGUCGCUGCACUCCAGCUCCGAAGCCAUCCGGAGAGCCUGCCUCCCAACUCCGCCGCUGCAGAGCAACAUCUUCGCCAGCCUGGACGAGACGCUGCUGGCGCGGGCCGAGGCGCUGGCGGCGGUGGACAUCGCCGUGUCGCAAGGCAAGAGCCACCCCUUCAAGCCGGACGCCACCUACCACACCAUGAACAGCGUGCCCUGCACCUCCACCUCCACCGUGCCGCUGGGCCACCACCAUCACCACCACCACCACCACCACCACCAGGCGCUGGAGCCGGGCGACCUGCUGGAGCACAUCUCCUCGCCCUCGCUGGCGCUCAUGACCGGCGGCGGGGGGCACGAGGGCGCGGGCGGCGGGGGCGCGGGCGGCGGCGGAGGAGGAGGCGGCGGCGGCGGCGGCGGCGGCGGCGGGGGGCUGAUCUCCACCUCGGCGCACCCGCACUCGCACAUGCACGGCCUGGGCCACCUGGCGCACCCGGCCGCCGCCGCCGCCAUGAACAUGCCCUCGGGGCUGCCGCACCCGGGGCUGGUGGCGGCGCACCACGGCGGCGCGGCCGGGCAGGCGGCGGCGGCGGCGGCGGCGGCGGUGGGCGCGGCCGGGCUGGCCUCCAUCUGCGACUCGGACACGGACCCGCGCGAGCUGGAGGCCUUCGCCGAGCGCUUCAAGCAGCGGCGCAUCAAGCUGGGCGUGACGCAGGCCGACGUGGGCUCGGCGCUGGCCAACCUCAAGAUCCCGGGCGUGGGCUCGCUCAGCCAGAGCACCAUCUGCCGCUUCGAGUCGCUCACGCUCUCGCACAACAACAUGAUCGCGCUCAAGCCCAUCCUGCAGGCCUGGCUGGAGGAGGCCGAGGGCGCCCAGCGCGAGAAAAUGAACAAGCCCGAGCUCUUCAACGGCGGCGAGAAGAAGCGCAAGCGGACUUCCAUCGCCGCGCCCGAGAAGCGCUCCCUCGAGGCCUACUUCGCCGUCCAGCCGCGGCCCUCCUCCGAGAAGAUCGCCGCCAUCGCCGAGAAAUUGGACCUCAAAAAGAACGUGGUGCGGGUUUGGUUUUGCAACCAGAGACAGAAGCAGAAGCGCAUGAAAUUCUCCGCCACCUACUGA